UCCUUGUUUGUAGAGAGAUGAUGAGAGACGCGUCUGUAUUUAAGAGCAACACCACAAGACAUCUGAACAAACUCUCCAUUUAAUGUUUCUCACCCUGUGAGGACGUUACAAUCACCAGAGGGUUGCGAGUUCAACACCAGAAGACAUCUGAACAAACUCUCCAUCAUGAAGACGAUGUAUGUGUCGGCACUCGUCUGUGCCGUGAUGGCUCUGGCAACAGCGGCUGCUGUUCCAGAGGAAACACCUGAAAAUGGGCAAAUAGUGAAGAGUCACCUGGUGAAGCGGUCCACAUUGGGCUCCGGACGCUGGACUGAGUUCAACAGACGCUACUUCUACUACGUCCCACAGCUUCUGUCCUGGGCUCAAGCCGAGAGAAACUGCCAAUCGCUGGGGGGGAACCUGGCGUCCGUGCACAGCCUGACGGAGUACCACACGCUCCAGAUGCUGGUGCUGAGAGCCAGCCACAAGCAAGAACAGACAUGGAUCGGAGGCUCUGAUGGACAACAAGAGAACUACUGGUUCUGGUCCGACGGGACGUCUUUCCAGUACACCAACUGGUGCACUGGAGAGCCCAACAACGCCGGAGGCAGGCAGAGCUGUUUACUAAUAAACUUUUCAGUUAAGAAGUGCUGGGACGACCAGAAGUGCACAUCCAGACUGCCCUCCAUCUGUGCCAAGUGAAGAUGAUUUCUGAGCCAGAGGCAGGAAGUCCCCGUGAAUUAAAAGCAUGCUUUCAGAGACACCUGUCUCUCCACCAUCUUUACCUUUCUUUGUA